UUAUCACGCAUCAAUUCGGUAGAGUGUUGAUUGUACAAGUUGUCGUACAGUAUCUAAUCAGUUGUCUACGAGUUAACAGGUUGAAGCAUUGUACGUAGAUUGGAAGCUUCUGUUGAGUACAGUCUCUAAAUAAAAAUCCAGUGAGUUCUGUGCUUUAGAUUUUGAGUGAUCUAUUGGAGGUUGAGACGGAGAAUCAGCGAAGUUCUUAACAAUAACAAGUUUAAAGUAUAGUGAAGUUAGAAUAAUUGUGUUGUAAUCAAAAUAUGGAAAUGUCUGAAGUUAAACCGAAUAAUUCGGAGCCCCAAUCAAAAGAGGUUCCUGUAGAGAAAAAGGAGGAACCUGCAUCUGAACCGCAACCUGAGAAGCAACCGUUGCCGAGUCUUGAUGCUUCCGGCCAGGUAUUGAAGCCCGGGGCCAAGAUUCGUCCUGAAGUGACUACCUUAGAGGUUGAGAAGUUAGCGCAACGUUUAUAUGGAAUUACUGUCUUCACCAUUAAGGAGCUUGUGUCCUACGAUGAUCGAAAUUUCUUGAUUACCGAAGAUACGAACAUCAAAAACCCUCUAAUUACAGACAACUGCCCAGAUGGAUAUGUUCUGAAAGUUCUCAACACACACGAUUCUAAAAAACAGGACUUCAUUGAUGCACAAUCGCAACUAAUGGUACAUAUGAGAAGCCAAGGUAUACUCUGUCCGAAACCCGUCAUAAAUGUAUAUGGCAAAUUAUAUUCUAUUGAGAUAAUCAAUAAUGAGAAACAUAUUGUCCGCCUACUGGAAUUCAUUCCUGGCCAAAUGUUCCAUGAAAUACCGCACACAAAGAAUCUUUUUUAUCAGGCUGGGGAGUAUAUAGCCAAAUUUGAUAACGCUCUAAAGGGUUUCAAGCACGACGCAUACGACAAUCAUAAGACCCUGUGGAUGCUCGAAUCUGUUCCAAGACUGAAAGAAUUUGUCUACGUAAUCAAAGAUCCUGCUCGUGCUGAAAUGGUGGAGCAAGUUAUCGAAGCUUUCGAGACUCACGUUCUAUCACAAACAGAUAAAUUUGAAAAAGGAAUUAUUCAUGGCGACUUCAAUGAACAAAAUAUUAUCGUAAAUAAGCCGAAAGGACGAAACGAAUACAUAAUAUCUGGAAUCUUGGAUUUCGGUGAUACGAGUUACUCACCGCUAGUAUUUGAGUUGGCUAUUGCAAUGACUUACAUGAUUCUCCAGGGAAAGGAUCUUUCAGUUGGAGGAUUGGUGUUGGCUGGAUAUAAUUCCGUACGACUCGUGCCGGAAAAGGAGCAAGCUAUUCUGAUGUAUUGUGUGGCUGCACGUUUGUGUCAAAGUCUUGUAUUAGGCGCCUACACGCACAGUUUGGAUCCUGAAAAUGAUUAUUUGUUGAUUACACAAAAAGUUGGUUGGGAGAUUCUAGAAAAAAUUUGGGCUGAUUUUAAUAGGGCAAAUGAAAUUUGGAAGGAAACUGCUGAUGAUUAUUUGAAGCAAAGUAUUAAGUAGAAUUAAAAAUUUGUAUUUUAAUAGAGUUCACUCGUCAUUAGAUAAGAUAUCAAGUCAUGAGUUUCAUAUUUGUUCCUAAUAUUUGUUGAGUAUAAUAUAAUAACAUUUACUUUUUA